AUGGAUGAUGAUGGAAUUGUUGCGAUUAAAAGAAAACCAUUUUGUAUAACAUCAUUUAGUCCACUGUAUUCGGCAACGCCUACACGAAUACCAUCGUCAGAAGAAGAAGACAAAAAUAGUAUUCUUUAUACAAUUAAACGUUUGGAAGAUGUUACAAGUCGUUUAGAAUCUGUUGCAAAUAAAUUUGGUGUUAGUGCUGGUGGUAACAAUAGUUCACUAACCCGUAAUAGUGUCGGAUCGCAUAUUGAUAAUUUACCUAUUAUUCAAGAUUAUUCAGCAAUUAUCGAUGGUUCAUUAAAACAAUUUUUACAAUUGUCAACAAAAUUGAAUGGUGAUUUAAAAGAGUUAAAUGAUCAUUUAUUAAAAUUAUUUAAUUUACAACGGAUAUUUAUUCAAUAUGUUAUACAAUGUAAAAAACCGACAAAUGAACAAGAAUUUAGAGAAGCAAUUAAAUCUAUGUCAAAUGAAAUACAAGCUAUACAGUCUCAUCGUGAAAAACAUCGUCAGUCACCAUUAUUUAAUCAUUUAUCUGCUAUAUCAGAAUCAAUACCAGCUCUUGGAUGGAUCACUGUUUCACCCGCUCCAUAUCCAUUUAUCAAAGAAAUGUCGGAUGCUGGUCAAUUUUAUACAAAUCGUGUUUUAAAAGAUUUUAGAGAUAAAGAUGAAACACAUGUUAAUUGGGUUAAAUUAUGGUUGAAAAUUUUACAAGAAUUACAACAAUAUGUUAAACAAUAUCAUACAACGGGUUUAGCAUGGCAAACUCAUGGACAACAAGAAUUUGAUCCACAAAAAGCAACAAUUCAAUCAUCCACUGGUUCUAAUCAACAUGCACCGCAAACUGUUGGAGGUGCUCCACCGCCACCACCUCCACCACCAUCAUCUCUAUUGACAACAAAUAACAUAAUUCAAGACAAUAAUAAAUCUCGAGAUGAAUUGUUAAAUUCGAUUAAUUCAUUAGGUAAUGAUAUUACAUCUCAUUUAAAAAAAGUUAGUGAUGAUCAGAAAGUACAUAAAAAUCCACAACUGAAAGCUGGUGGAGAACAACAAUCGACUUCAAAGCAACAGGAAAAACCAAGUGUACCAUCAAAAUCAACGCCAUCUACCGUACAAACACCGGCAAAUGCAACAAAUAAAAAUCAAGUAUGUACAAUUAAGUAAUUGAAAUAAUUUCUGUGUGAAUGAAAGAAUUUUUCUGUUGUUAGUUACAUUAUGCUAUUUCAAAUGUGAUAUCUAUUCAUAGAAACUGAAUGAAAUAGAUGAUUUUUCACUAGAUCCAAUAAGGUACACAGAUUAGCUGAGAUAAUAAAUUGACUUCUGUCAACAUAGACCUCUUUGUUCUAUUGGUUUGAAAAAAAGUUCAUCUGAAAAAGAAUGACUCUUUUCUAUUUAAAUUUAUUUUUCACUUAUGAUGUGUACAUCAGAUCCCCCCGUACACAUAGAGAUGAACUGAAUUUCAGUCAACUCAAAAUGUUGUAUUCUAAACUAUAAUAUACAGUUUGUUUGUUCAUUUCUUUGUGACAUUUACAAAAAGAGAAAAGAUCAUUAUCCUUGACAUAAAUUUUGAACACUAAACUCCAUAACAUUUUUGAACAUACGGGAUAAAUGAAUUUUCUUUUGAACUUUUAUAAUACGUGAUAACAGUCAUUGAGUAACUCUUAACACUAUUCUAUCGUGUUACUAAUACAGUUUGUUUGUAUGUCAUAAUUAAUUUUGAAAUAAUACAAAUCAAGUAAAAUAGUCAUAUCUGUCUUAACGAUAUACUUGAAAACUUUCUUUGCCUUACAUACAUUGCAAAAGACUUGUAAUCAAUAAUUAUCCAUUCAAAAUAAAAUUUGAGCUUGGUUUCGUCUAAAUGCACUU